AUGUCCGCCAGUGGUACUGCGACUCCGGUCCUUGCGGACGUCAUCCUGUCGCCCACGUCGCUCACCGAGUUCCCGGCCUACUGGUGUGAACACCCCGAGCUCUUUGCCACCAUCUCGGAGGGCACCACCGCCGAGGAGCGCAUGGAGUCUGUCCUCCGCUGGUUCAUUGCUACCCUCAAGGGCCAGUACACUACCCGUAACGAGAAGAUGGGUUCGGAGAAGAAGCCCCUCAACCCCGUCCUCGGCGAGCUCUUCUACGGCACCUGGCCUGACGAGAACGGCCGCGGCGAGACCAUCCUCGUGUCCGAGCAGGUGUCCCACCACCCUCCCAUUACCGGCUACUACAUCGCCAACGAGAAGGCCGGUGUUGUUCUCCAGGGCCACUCUGGCCAGAAGACGGCGUUCUCUGGCACGGCUAUCAACGUCAAGCAGUCCGGUCACGCUCUCCUCCGUGUCAAGCCCAAGGACGGCAGCCCCGAAGAGCAGUUCCUCAUCACUCUUCCCAAGCUCCGCAUUGAGGGUCUCGUGUGGGGUGCCCCCUACAUUGAGCUCACCGAGACGAGCGCGAUCCAGAGCAGCACCGACUACAGCGCCGUCAUCGAGUACAAGGGCAAGGGCUACUUUUCGGGCAAGGCCCACUCGUACAAGGCUGUGCUCUCCAAGGGCUCCAAGCACAUCAACACGUACGAGGGCCAGUGGACUGGCAUCUCGAACAUUGGCAGCAGCAAGGGCCCCGUGUUCUACGACGCCGACGAGCCAAAGGAGGAGGUGACCGUCAAGCCCGUCGACGAGCAGGGCGAGUGGGAGUCGCGCAAGCUGUGGUACAAGGUCGCCAACGGCAUCCGCUCGGGCGACUAUGAGACUGCCGGCAAGGAAAAGUCGCGCAUCGAGAACGAGCAGCGCCAAAGGCGCAAGGACGAGCAGGCCGCCAACACUGAGUGGCCAUCGUGGCAUUUCAACCACAUCGACUCGGACGCCGACUUCCAGAAGCUUGUGGCGCUCAUGCACGACAAGACCCAGCCCCAGACCGAGGACGCGUACGUGUACAAGGGUUAG